UGACAGUCACGAUUCUACCGCGAAUAAGGACCUUUCGAAGCUCCUCCUUCGCAGCAUACGCCACCAGGACAUCCUCAUGACCCAGAAAUUCCAGCAGCGUCUCCAGCUCAGCGUCAGUGCCCUCCCCGGCACUUUGAAUCGCCGUUGAGCAAGCAACAAUGAGACGGAUCGCUGCACACCAGUCCACCAUUUUAUCAUUUCUAAUUUCCGCCUAUCAUCAUUCGCGAUCUUGAAAGGGUGCAGAUCUUGUUGAUUGACAAUCAUGAUGAACAUGCUGGAGGCGACGGACGCGGCAGAGUUCGCGACCAAGGGCGUCAAGGCACCGCUUUGGUCCGGCGCAGCAUACUCCCACGCCAUCAGUAAGUCCAUGCGAGCGAUGAUGACGAGCAGCAGACUGCGACCAGGCAGUCUACAGAUCGCUGCCAACCCCGACACGCUCUUCGCCGAUGCGGUGGCUCGGAAAGACAAGGAGAAAAUGAUGGAUGCAUUGGCAAAAGACCCGGGUAUAUUGCGGCGAAGUGACGGGGAUGGAUGGCUGCCACUGCAUCAUGUGUGCAACUUGUGCCCGAACUAUCGAUACGUCGACAUGAUGACCAUGAUGAUCAAUACGAACCCCGAGUCAGCUCAUUAUGUCGACAAGAACGGACGAACACCACUGCAUAUUCUCUGCGAGAACUCUUGUGUGACAGUGCAAGCGCUUGCAGUUUUCGCUACAUCCCUUGGGGAUCUUACGCUCGUGCAGGACAGCAAUGGAAAUUUGCCACUCCACCAUCUAUGUCGCAAUUCUUCGUGCGAAAUUGGGUUAAUCAAGAAGUUGAGCUCUGACGUUUUUGCCUACACGACGAUUAAUGAGGAGGGUCAAACUCCACUGCAUUGUUUAGUGACGGCUGACGGACCUCUAAAUCAGGCCGUGCUUCAGCAUUUGAUUGCAGGUUUUCCUUCCACGGCAUUGAUGCGAGACUUGAUGGGACGUACUAUCCUUCAUUGGAUCUGUGAAAACCAUGCAUUGGACGCGGGCAUAAUUCAAAUGCUGCUUACUUCAGUUGCUGAUGCAGCCUCUCUACCUGAUGUCAAUGGUGACUUUCCACUCCACAUUUUAUCCCAGAAUGAAAAUGUGACGCGUGAAUUACUUCACCUGGUUCUUGAGGCAUAUCCGGCUGGAGUAUACGCCUUGGCAAAGAAUGAUCUAUCACCGCUUCACUCCCUUUGCUCGAACGAAAGCUGCAACACUGAUAUACUCACCGAGUUUUUCUCGUUUGACAAAGACAACUCUUUAUGUGCCAAACCCGACGCGUUCGGGGCUACAGCUUUGCAUUUACUCUGUAUGAACGAGACAAUAUCUACCGAGCUUUUACGCACAAUGCUGCUAAUGUGCUCGGAAGAUUCAUUCACUCCGGAUGCGCACGGCCGAUCACCAUUGCACUACUUGUGCAUGAAUCACGCUGUAUCAUCAGAGAUGUUUUGGCUUUUCUUCGAUCGAGGUCACGACCUUCCUCGCCAAGCUGACAAGGAUGAAAGAACACCUCUGCAUUACCUGUGUGGCAACGCAAAAGUAACACCACGCUUGAUCGAGCUCCUUUUCGACAGCUGGCCAAGUGCAGCGUUGGUGGCAGACCGGGAUUUUAAGCUACCAGUUCAAUAUUUGGUUGACAACCCUGCGUCAUCUUCAGAAAUCGCCUCAGUGCUGAUUUGUGGGCCAGCAUCAUAUCGCCAUCGAUACGAGUUCCUCAAUGUAAACGGACAAUGCGUCUGCUUUACACAAGGCACGGAGCUGGUGUAUGCCCAAAGCAAUAUGGCUACGGACUCCAAUACAGGCACGAAAGUGCUCGUAAACUUCUACUCAUCGGAAGCUUCCGUCAAUCAUGAGCAAAAGUUGCUUUGUCGUCUGAAAAUAGCGGCUGAAGUGCGAGCCGACCAUGUUAACUAUUCCCCGACCGUACACGAGACAUUUGAAAAUGCUAAAAGGCGGCUAACACUUUGCAACAUGCAUGUUGCACCUGAAGAUCACAAUGGCGAUGCAGUGAUAACGUUGGAUUACGCGCUAGUGAUGGAAGCUCCAUUGUAUACUUUGGAGGGAUUAAAAGCAGAAAAGCUGAUCGACACGGAGGCAAUCCGUGCGAUCACCACGGAAGUUGCCAACUGUUUACUCUUUUGGCAUUGCGAAGCGCGUAUGGUUCACGGAAAUAUUAUGCUGCAAAACAUUGGUCAGUUCGAAGAUCGGGGGCUUUGCCUAUACAGCCUGAGCACUAGCCGAGAACUUUACCAGCAAAGGUCAAUUGGUUCUCAUGCUAUUGCAUUGAGUUCGUGCCCGCCGGAGGCCGCCAAAAGUUUUGUUGCUAAAGAGGACUUUUUGCCAACUGAAGCCUCGGAUAUGUGGCAGUUUGGCUGCCUUGUCUAUCAGCUAUUGACUGGGAGCACUCUACUCGAGAAAUUGGCUCCGUGGAGCAAAUCUAUUGGCCACGAGCAGGGGUUGCAUUUGAUAUGCUCACUUACUGAUGCUGUACUCGAGCCUCUCAUCGCCGAAAUAGCACCGGAAUUCCGUCUACUGCUGCAACGAACACUUGUCAUAAACCCGAACUAUCGUUGGGAUAUCGAUCGGCUUCUGCUCCUUGAAGACGGAUCUCCGUUGUUUUUAUUCGUCACAAGCGAUACUUCAUCUCACGACUUUGUAGGGAAAACACUACAACAAAAGACUGAAGACGCUCUCGCUGAGGGUUCAAAGGGGUCGAGAUCCGAGAAACACGCGCAAGAGCAACUAGAGUUUAUGAAGAAGGAGCAGUCACUGUUGCGUCAUACACUUCUUUCAACGAAGUCGCAGCUUCGAGACGUUGAUCAAGCUCGAACGGAUUUGCAACUGAAGAUGGAGGAGUUGCAGAUUCAGAUGACGAGCGAGGUGCAGCAAAGGAAGGAGGCUCAGCUCGAAGCUCAGUUGUUGGCGCGCAACCACCAAUCGAUGACGCUGCAAUUGCAUACAACCGUGCAGAUGCUGCUCAAUCUUGUGCCAUUAGCCCGCGAGGUGCAUGGCGCUGCAGCGGACGAUUUUUUGUCGAGUGCGCUUGCACAAGCCACUGGAGGUACUCCUCCGCCCCUUUUCCCAUCUGAUCUCGCGAAUAUCCAACGGAAGAGAAACUCAGUGCAGCUUCUAAAGACCAAGUUACAGCACACGGUACUGGCACACGGAUGUGUCCAAAAGUGGGCCAACAGCUCUCCGUCCAGUGCCGUGGCAGCGACCGAAUUCACUUCUCUCGAUACAAGAAAGAAGGCGAAUGCUCCACCACUCGACAAUCCCAACGACAGCGAAAGUAAGCCUUGCAAUGAGACGGAAUACCCAGACACUGCGAUGGCGUAAAUGCCCGUGCAACUUCAACUAUCAAUUUUCAGGAACGUCUUGUGUUUUACCAAUCUAAUUUUGUGUUUUAUCAAUAAAAUUGCAAAAUACUUAAAGAAUGUC